CUGAGCAGUAGGAGUGAGAGAGGGAAAGUGAAUGGAUCAGUGUUUGAACCGGUUGCUGUUUGUGCUUGUCGCUCAUUGUGGAGCUCAGGGAAGAGAUGGACAGUGAGAGCAGGAUGGAGGGAUUAGCGAGGGAGGAAUGUGAGCUGGAUGACUGGUACUAUAAGGAGGACAAGAAAGUGCUAUGUGCAGACAGAGUGGGCCAGAUGACGAAGACCUACAAUGACAUAGAUGCUGUCACACGUCUGUUGGAGGAGAAAGAGAGAGAUUUGGAGUUAGCGGCAAGAAUUGGCCAGUCGCUUCUGAAGAAAAACAGAACUCUGACCCAGCAGAAUGACUAUCUGGAGGAACAAGUGGCACAAGUCACAGAGGAGGUGGCCCAGCUGCACCAUGAGCUGAACCUGAAGGAUGAGCUGCUACAGUUUUAUACCAAUGCAACUGAGGAGAGUGAGGAUGAGACCGGCAGCCCCCCAACGGAUAAGAAAAGUAAAGUGGAAACAGCUACAGGAGGCUUCGUUAGGGACACGCUCCAGAGGAAACUCAAAGAUCUGGAGGAAGAGAACCUGUCGCUCCGCUCAGAGGCUAACCAUCUGAAGUCAGAGACUGAAACAUAUGAGGAAAAGGAGCAGCAGCUUGUAAAUGACUGUGUGAAAGAACUCAGGUUGUCCAGUCUCCAAAUCUCUGCCAUAGCGGAGGAAUUGGCUCGCAAGACUGAAGAUGCAUCCCGACAGCAGGAAGAGAUCACACACCUCCUCUCUCAGAUAGUAGAUCUGCAAAAGAAAGCCAAAUCUUAUGCGGUGGAGAAUGAGGAGCUUUCUCAACACCUGGUGGCAGCUAAAGAUGCCCAAAGGCAGCUUACAGCAGAGCUCCAGGAGUUGGAGGAGAAGUAUUCAGAGUGUAUAGAGAUGCUGCAUGAAGCUCAGGAGGAACUGAAGAACCUGAGGAACAGGAACUACCCUGCAGGAGCCCCUCGACGCUACCAUCCCCUGGGACUGUACCCAAUGGACUCUCUGGCUGCUGAGAUUGAGGGGACAAUGAGGAAGGAGUUGAGUCUGGAUGACCCCGAUUGUGAAGAACAGAAAAGCCAUCGGAAACGUGUGUUUGAGACGGUUAAGAAUGUCAACCAGACAGUCCGUCAGCGUUCUCUGACUCCAACCAACUCCAACAUCCCGGGCUCCAACCAGUCUCUGUCAGCUCGUACGUCUCCCCAGUCCAGCGGCCUCUCCACACCUCACUCCAGCAUGUACGGAGGUGACAUCAGCGGAGACAGUAUCGCUCUUGACAACCGAACACAGAGCAUCCUGAUGGAGACCGCAUCCAAUCAGGAUAGCACAGAGGGCCGAGAGAAGAAGGCCAGCGGAGCUGAAGACCUGCGGCUCGCCCUGCGCCGCCUGUCUCUGCGUCGACAAAACAACCUCAGCGAGCGACGCUUCUUUGAAGAGGAGAGGGAUCGGAGACGCGGAGGACAUGGAAGUCUACAUAAUGCCCUGGACCAGGAGAGUGUGAUGACUCCCUCGGAAAGCAUUAUGUCCCUUGGGAACCUCCAUAUUUGGGCUUCACGAGGACCCUACCUCCCUGACAAGCUCCAGAUCGUCAAACCCCUUGAAGGCUCUGCCACCCUUCAUCACUGGCAGCAGUUAGCGCAGCCUCACCUCGGUGUGAUUCUGGACGCUAGGCCUGGAGUCGUGCCAAAGGGCUACAGGCCCCUGGAACUAGAGCUGGAGCAGGUAUAUCCAUGGGGUGGCUUUGAGGAGGAAGACCCAGGGGAGCAAUACUUCCAGAAUCUGCCCACCUCCUCGGCCUCUGCCUCACCAGCUGUGCCCUCCACCUCCAUCACCGGUGACACCACCGUAGGACAGCCUCCACCCAGCAUUGCUCUACCUUCUCCACCCUCUCCAUCCCCAUCGCCACAUCUCAGCAACACCGACGUCCUGGCUGCAUACUACCCAGGCAAAUGCAUGGCCCACACCAGCUCGACCUACACCUUCACAACCUGUCGGAUCCUCCACCCAACUGAUGAGCAGACGCGGGUCACACCAAGUCUUAACCCAGUCCCAGCGUCGUCCUCCUGUGUGAUGACCAGCACUUUGUUGGGCACUCCUGCAGCUACACCCUGCACACCCCGCAGGCUCAGUCUCAGGCCGUCCGAAUCCUCAACCAACCUCAGAGACGCAACACGCACAACCAGCACCUCCCUGGGGUUAGUGCGCCUUCUCCAGGAGAGAGGGAUUUCAGCAGCGAUGUAUCACCAGAGCCAGGGCCUGGAUCCCGGUCUGGGCAACGGAGGAGUCUUAUUCAGCACCUCCAUCGCCCCUAACCGAGCGCCUGACCCCCGACCCUCUACCCCUCCCAACUCGCCCACAGGAGAGGGAGCUUCAGCCGUACCAACCUCCGCGGGCUUCGACUUCAAGAGCCCUUCCUACGACAACUUCCUGGCCUCCAAACCGGCCCGUUCCAUUCUGAAGGAAGUGACAGGGAGGAUGAGGGGACGGCAGAGAGGGAGGGAUUGCGAAAGUCAGACAGACGUUAGCGUGACCGUCCACAACCUCAACCUGCUUGACAAGGUGAAGCGUCUGGGUGUGGCUGGAGCUCCAGGGGGCAGAGCAGUGAGUCCCAGCCCUAUCCUGGGGCCUCUGGGAGGGCUGCGCAGGUCUGGCUCUCCUUUUGGGCCCGAUGGAAUGAGGAGGAACCGGAGUUAUCCAGCCAUGGUUGGGGCCAGCAUGGCCAUGAAAGCCCCGGGGCCCCAGGAGUAGUCUGGACUGCUGCUGGCCGUUAGUGUAGCCAAGUAGGAGCCAGGCAGGGCCAAGGACUGGCUGUGGAGCAGUCACCUGGAGCCCAAACACUGACUCUGUUCAUACUGUACAUUGUGGCACUGCUGACCAGUUUCUAAUCACUACUGUGUCCACGUGGACACUAUCCACUCUGUAGUUCUUUUAGGUGGUGACACUUAAAGGGUCGGUUCCCCCAAAAUCCAAAAAACUUCUCUGGAUUGUAGUCAUGCAGAUAUCUUUGGUUUUAUGCGCCCAUAUUAUGAGAUCUCUCUCAAAUGCCUCAAAGGUUUGAAACUCCAAUGAAAGGUCAUUUUUUUUUCACAACACUGAACAAUUACAUUUAAAAACUUUAAGUUGUCUUUCCAGAAAGUGUCCCUGUUACUCUGGAUAAUCCACAGACCUCACUAUAAACCGUUUUCAUUAGAAUUACUUUCUACCGAUUAAAGUUAAUCAUUCUAGGAAAUUUUUUUCUUUCUUUCCAGGAGUUUGAAGAGAAGAUUUAUAACACCACUCAUGUUUGUCUGUUAAAGCUGGAGUAAGCUUUUUUGUUAAAAUUCUCUUUUCAUCUCGACAACAAUCAAUCCAUCAAAUGCUCUAAUAUAAAAUCUAGCUGUCUCUUGCUAGUUUCUCCAACGUUGCCUGCCCUAGCUUUAAAUAUGACACCUAGCUUAGCAUAACCAAAUUGUGGCUACAGCUGAAGUUACGUGUUGCAGCUAUUUCUUGGCAACAGUUUAUCUACUCCUGGCAGUCACUGUGUGCAGCAGUUGUUUGUCCAGAAAUAGUUACAGCAACUCCUCCCUGAAACCACAUAUUUGUACACAUUUUUAGAAUCAGAAUCAGGUUUAUUGCCAAGUAUAUUUUCACAUGCAAGGAAUUUGCCUUGGUAAAUUGGUGCAUAUCAAUAAACAGAAAAAAUAAAUAAAUAAAUAAAAAGUAAAAAAAAAAAAAAAAAGGUACUGCAAAGUCAAGAAAUGGAGCUGUACACUUUAUGCAGGAAUGUACAAAAUAUAUAAAAUAUUCUCCAAGAUAUGUGCAAAAAUUCACAAUAUGCAGUAUAAGGAAUAUUUGCAAUAUACUUAACAUGCAGUGUCAUAUUGUUGAGUCCACUAUACACCUAGGGGGAAAGGUUAGGUGCUGGUAGGUAGGUUUUUUAACUUUGGAAAGAGCCAAGUUAGCUGUUUCCCCUGUUUCAGUCUUUUCUGACUUUAAUUGACAUUAAAUUAGAUACUGACAUUUAAUGUCCCCUUUUACGAUGAAUUUUAAUAACUUUGAUGACUUUUCCUCUUGGGCCAUUAGGUCAGAAUUUUAAUUUGUCCAAAACUUUCAAAUACCCUCAAAAACUAAAAACUUUCCCAUCAUCCUCUGCUGUACUUUGAGUUUACUAAUAAUAAGCGAAUCUUGGCAUGCUCACACGCUUAACUAACAUGGUGAACAUGUACCAGCUAAACAACUGGCAUGUUCAUUGUCAUUGUGAGCAUGUUGUUAGCAUGCUGAUCUCAGCAUUUAGCUCAAAGCACCCCCCCCCACAGAGCCACUAUAGACUCUUUGUUAGUUUUGGUAGUUUUGACAGAUAUCUAAAAAUCUGGGCACAUAAAACCAAUUUUAUGUAAUUCAAUUUUAUGUAACUGGGCAAACUGACCCAUUAACCCUGUAACGCCAAGUGUGUCAUAUAUGAUACAUGAGUUUUAGAGACCUAUACAUCAUAAGUGUGAUACUUUUUUUCUCCCAAAAACCUUAUGUACACAAUCAGAUACAUGUAAUGCACGGAUAAUCCACCAGGGGGCUGAAAUUCGUCCACCAUAGGUCUUUCAACUGAGACAGCCAAAAUGGAGGUUGUCAAUCGGUGACCUACAGUCAUAACUGUCUUUUGGUCAUUGAUUUUAAAUAAUAAUUUACCAAUUCAGAGAAUACAGUAAUUUGUGUUUGGUUUGUAUUUUUUAAAUGGCAAAAAACUACAGCAUUAAAGAUACCCUGAUUAUGAACUGCAGUUCAAGUGACAAGAGCAGUUAGGGGAAGAUUAUGAGGCUGAUGAUGAUAAAAGGUUCAAAACAUGUUGUGUUCUGCAUGUUUUUUGUUAUUUUAAAAAAACAUGAUGUGGGCAAAACAUUGAAAUAAAUUCUGAAUGUUUCAAAUAUGAUACAUACAUGCAAAGAGAUAUUCACAAAAUAUUAUUUGGCAUUAGGUAUAAUAACCACUCCAUAUAAAAAAAAAGAAUUUUCUGGCAAUUGUUUGAUGGUUCAGGCUUUACAGGGUUAUAAGCCAUAUCUCCUGUAAGAGAGCUAUUAGAUAUCUGUCUGGUAAAAAUCCACCCACUGCUGUCCACACACAGCCCUGCUUUGGAGACCGACUCUGCUGGCUAGAUGUAGUACUCCCACUCUUUCCUUUUAUUGAAACACAUCCACCAAAUCCCACUCACAGCCAGACAUACACAGGUGCACUCUGUUAAAUCUGCCAUCCCACUAGUUGGUAUUUGUAGUCUGUGUAGCAUCACACCAUGCCUUUCUUCUUUUUCUAUAUUAUUGGAUUAAAUUCCACCUUUUAAAAAUGAUUUUAAAAAAUACACACCAAAUAGGCUAUAGGAAAAUAUGCUAUCCUCGUCCUCACUCUAUUCCUCCAGUCUUACCCCUAACUGAAUCCCUCCUGAAGUGAUUAGGUGUGUGUCUGAUAAUACACAACAAGUCAUUGAAUAGAUUUUAUGUCAGUAUUAAAGAUACUUUGGUUUAGUUUCCUAAUAGGCCAUUAGAGAGGGAAGUUGAUGGUGCUUCCACGGAACUGGAGGGAUCAAUACAUGCGGCUUGCAGCUCACAAAGACAAUGGAAAGAGGGAUGUUGCUAAUCAGCCGUCAUGUUCGGAAGCUUUUGGAGAAAUUAAGCAAUAUAGUGCCUCAACCAUCUGUUUUUGAUGAUAUAUGUUCUUCAUGUGUUGGAUUAAGGGUGUGAAAGAGCUGUCACAGCCAUUGUUACAGUUGUGUUUCUUUAUUUAAAAAAUCCUAUGAAUUUAAACACAUAAAAAUGAUGUGCUCACUGUAUAUACUGUUCAUUGUCACUAAAUUGUCUGAAUUGACAUGUUUAUAAAGGGAUCGUUAUGUGUAGUGCAUAACCAAGAACCACACAUCACUGUAAGUAUUAGGGUGAGCAUGUAAUGAGGGUUUUUUCCAAAAUAAAAAUUCAGUAAUCAAA